AUGGCUCGAGCCAUGGGGUCAGUCCGCCUAAAGAAGGCCAACCCCUCGACCCUGGUCCUCGGCGCGGUGCUGUGCAUCUUCAUCAUCAUCUUCUUAAUCUCGCCGUCGGGCUCCUCCGUCUCCAGCCGCCUCGCCGAUGUCACGGCCAACCACCACCUCUCGCCGCCGACUUCGCCGUACCGAAAAUCGAGCCUCAAGGGCGGCAAGUCGAGCCCGCCGCCCGUGUCCCGCUACGACCUCAACAAGGUUACCGUCACGCCCCAGCCGAUGCGCAACAAGGAGCACAUCCUCGUGCUGACGCCCAUGUCGCGCUUCUACCAGGGCUACUGGGAUAACCUGAUGAAGCUCAACUACCCGCACGAGCUCAUCACGCUCGGCUUCAUCCUGCCCAAGGACAGGGAGGGCAACGAGGCCACGGCCGCGCUGCAGAAGCAAAUACAAAGGACGCAGAAGCGCGGCCCGGAGAAGGACCGCUUCAAGAGCAUCAUCAUCCUCCGCCAGGACUUUGACCCCGCCAUCGCGUCCCAGGACGAGAGCGAGCGCCACAAAAUGUCCAACCAAAAGGCCCGCCGCGAGGUCAUGUCCAAGGCCCGCAACUCGCUGCUCUUCACGACGCUCGGCCCUAAGACGUCGUGGGUGCUGUGGCUUGACGCCGACAUUGUCGAGAGUCCGCCCAGCCUCAUCCAGGACCUCGCCGCAUUUGACAAGGACCUCAUCAGCGCCAACUGCUGGCAGAAGUACUACGACGAGGACCUCAAGAAGAUGUCGGAGCGCCCGUACGACUACAACAACUGGCAGGACAGCGAGAACGCGCAGGAGCUCGCCAAGAAGAUGGGGCCCGACGACAUCCUGCUCGAGGGCUACGCCGAGAUGCCCACCUAUCGCACGCUCAUGGCCAAGAUGUACGACCCCACCGGCGACAUUAACGAAGCGAUGCCGCUGGACGGCGUCGGCGGCACCGCGCUGCUGGUCAAGGCCGAGGUGCACCGCGACGGCGCCAUGUUUCCGCCCUUUUCCUUUUACCACCUGAUUGAAACAGAGGGCUUUGCCAAGAUGGCGAAGCGUCUUGGAAAGCAACCGUGGGGUCUGCCCAACUACAAGGUCUUCCAUUAUAACGACAUUGAUCUCGCCCGCUCAGUCUUGGGGGAAGAAGGACGGGAAGGACGAUGA